AUGUCCACCCGGCGCCUCCGCAGCGAGGACUACAACGACUACAGCUCCACGGAUGUCACGCCAGAGGGGAGCCCGCCCGGCGGCAUGAACGGCUUCGCCCACCCCGAGUCCUACCAGCGCUUCGGGGAGACCAACGGGACAACGUGGUACCAGACCCUGAUCCACCUCCUGAAGGGUAACAUUGGCACGGGGCUGCUGGGGCUGCCUCUGGCUGUGAAGAACGCCGGCAUCCUGCUGGGUCCUGUGAGCCUGCUGGUGAUGGGAGUCGUGGCUGUGCACUGCAUGGGCAUCCUGGUAAAAUGUGCCCAUCACUUCUGCUACAGGUUCCAGAAGCAGUUUGUGGACUACGGGGGUGCCGUGAUGUACGGGCUGGAGUCAACUCCCAGCACAUGGCUGCGGACACAUGCCAUCUGGGGAAGGCGUGUAGUGGGACUUUUCCUGAUCAUCACUCAGUUGGGUUUCUGCUGCGUGUACUUUGUCUUUCUAGCCGACAAUCUGAAACAGGUCAUAUCUACAGCAAACGGGACCACCAAUGACUGCAGCUCAAACAGGACGGUGGCCAUGACCCCCACCAUGGACUCCCGACUGUACAUGCUUUCCCUCCUGCCCUUCGUGGUGCUGCUUACAUUCAUCCAGAAUCUCAAGGUCCUGUCUGUCUUCUCCAUGCUGGCCAACGUGGCCAUGCUUGGCAGCCUCAUCGUGAUAUACCAGUACAUUGUCAGGGACAUUCCUGAUCCCAGUGACCUGCCUCUAGCAGCAGCCUGGAAGACCUACCCUCUGUUUUUUGGCACUGCGAUCUUUGCUUUCGAAGGCAUUGGGGUGGUGCUACCUCUGGAAAACAAGAUGAAGAACCCCCAGCAGUUCCCAGUCAUCCUCUAUGUGGGGAUGACCAUUGUCACCAUCUUGUACAUCAGCCUGAGCGUCCUGGGGUACCUGCGCUUCGGGGCGAACAUUCAGGCCAGCAUAACGCUCAACCUGCCCAACUGCUGGCUGUACCAAGCCGUCAAGUUGCUCUUCUCCUUUGGGAUUUUCUUCACAUACGCCGUGCAGUUCUACGUGCCCGCCGAGAUCGUCAUCCCUCCCCUCAUCGCCCGGGUGUCGGAGCACUGGGGCUGGCUGGUCAACCUCCUCCUCAGGGUGGCCCUGGUUGGCGUGACCUGCGUGCUGGCCAUCCUCAUCCCGCGCCUGGACAUCGUCAUCUCGCUGGUGGGCUCCAUGAGCAGCAGCGCCCUGGCUCUCAUCUUCCCCCCGCUGCUGGAGAUAGCCACCUUCUAUGCAGAAGGCAUGCACCCGCUCGUCAUCGCCAAGGACAUUGCCAUCAGCCUCUUUGGCUUCGUGGGCUUCGUGGUGGGGACGUACGAGGCGCUGGUGGAGCUGGCAGCGCCCCCUGCUGCCGUUGUGAACGCCACCAUUGCCAUGGUGCAGUGA